GACAGCCGAGUUUAUUUCACUUCGAAGUAUCUGAGACCCGCAUCCUCCCGCGUCGCAUCCGAUUGUUGAGCCAUUCUAGGGAGAUGCAAAGGAGUCACAUAAUGAAUUCUGCUUUCGUAACAGUGUUACUCGGAGUGGUUGGGGCUCUGGCCAAUAAGGAAGACUGUUUGUCAGGCCAGUACACAAACAACGGGGAAUGCUGCAAGCAGUGCAUGCCCGGUGAAGGUGUCGUCAAACCAUGUGGAGUCAAACAGACUGUCUGCGCCCCCUGUCUUGACAGUGAAACCUUCUCAGAAAACUUCAGUCACACAGAAAAAUGUCAGCUCUGCACACAAUGCACGGGUCUACUACGUAUGGAGACGCCCUGCACAGACUCCAAUGAUGCCACCUGUAUAUGCAAAUAUGGCUACUAUCAGAACAGACUCUCUGAGCAGUGUCAGCCCUGCACCAAAUGUCUUGAAGGCCAGGGCAUGCUUUACAGCUGUGAGCUUGACCAUGACACGGUGUGUGAGGAGUGCAACGGGGACACAUACUCGGACCAGGAAAGUUACUCGGAUCCCUGCAUCCCCUGCACCACCUGUGAUGAUGACGUUGAAGUGGAAGAAGCCUGCACCUCUGUCACUGACACAGUUUGCCAAGUUCCCGACACUACCAUGGCCCCAGAGGAUCCCUACAUACCCAGCGAUUACAGCUUUCCACCAGAUGCCCCUCCAUCAGAUGGCCCCACAGACACCACCACCACCACCACCACCGAUGUUGAUUCCCGUAAACCAAUAGACCAGGGUCUGAACGACAAACUCAUCCCCAUCUACUGCUCCAUCCUGGCAGCUGUUGUGGUCGGACUUGUGGCCUUCAUCAUCUUCAAGAGGUGGAACAGCUGUAAGCAGAAUAAGCAAGGAGCCAACAACUGCACACCCAACCAGAACCAGACACCGUCACCUGAAGGGGAGAAGCUGCACAGUGACAGCGGCAUUUCUGUGGACAGCCAAAGUCUGCAGGAGCAGCAGAGCCAGACUCAAGCACAGACAGUUGUAACCAUGGAGGAGCCUUGUUUGCUGCUUCCUCUCCACGCCAGAGAGAAAGUGGAGAAGCUGCUGUUCAGGGGCAGUGAAGGAGACGACUGCAACCACAUGGAGGACAGCGACUGGUGCAACCUGGCAGGCCUCCUGGGAUACGAGGAGGAGCGGAUUGCGACCUUCAGGCAGGAUGAGCAUCCUGUCCGUGCGCUCUUGUCUGACUGGGCAAGCAAGGACUGCGCCAGCAUCGACACACUGUGCACAGCGCUGCGCAAGAUCAACCGUGAUGACAUUGCCCAGAGUCUUAUGCUCAGCCCAAGUGCCACAAAGCCCACUGCCACUUCUGUAGUGUGAUUUAGAUUACAAGUGAGCAAACCACCUGAACCUUAAUCUUAGUAUUCUUCCAUGGCCUCCCUCACUCCAGAUAAUUCACACUAGAGCUGCUUUAAGCUAUUCCCUCAUGAAGCAAGCAGUUGCUGUGAUGAUGAACAUGCAUGUUUCCUGUCUAAUGAUUUAGUUUUCAUUAAAUGAUAACACAGGAACAGGCCAGAAAUGAAAAAAAACAAUGAAUAUUAGAUUACCUACUCAAUGCAAUCCACCCAAAUCAUGCCCUUCACCUUACUAUCAGAAUGUAGUUGUUCAUUCUCAUAUUUUAAAAUCCACACAAUGUAAAGCCCAUGCGGAAGGACUUUAUCUCUACCAAUGCCACUCUUGAUGUCUGUAAUCAUUCCAUUGUGAGCCUGGAUAUCCACAUGCUUUUCCUGCACUAUUCAACAUACAACUUACCAUCUUCUGACUUUACUUAAUAUGGAGCAUCAGUGGGCUUGGAACUGAAGUUAUUGUGGAUAGCCAGCUCUUUCAUUCCUACAACUUGAUCUCCUGCACCUUGAUUCUUAAACAUGUAUAGUCAGUGUGGCCCUUAAUCGUAGCUUUUAUAAGCCAGUGUUGUACCUCUAAAUGUUACUUUUCAAAACUAUGUUACCAAAGAAGAGUUAAAGCCACCAGAACAUACCUGACUAGUGACAUUAUUUACAUGCCAUGUUAGACUUUGAGUUUAUGUUGACAAAUGGCUUGUGUCUGCAUACCACAAGGUAUCUGGAUCUGCAAGUAUGACAACCUGAGGAAGGA